CCUCAGCUCCUCCUCUGUGUUAUUUCUCACAGUAAUAUCCCAGGUCACCACAGUCUGCCUUUGACACCUCCACUUUUCAGUCUCUCUGUCCGACGUACCCAGACUGGACUGAGGACAUACCCCCGCUGGUUUCAGGACUGGAAAAUCAGACACGAGGAGCAACAUGAAACAAGAUCCAGUGCACACGUUUUUAAUCAAGCUGAUCAUACUGCUGGGAGUCAUUAGUUUGAGUAUUGGUGCAACCCAGAGACCUGACUAUGAUGACACAUCCAACCCGGAGUUCCUAAACCCAGCCUGGAUGGCCAACAUCCCUGAUGAUCGACUGCUGUCUGAGGUCACCAUGCCUGGGACCCACAACACCAUGGCCCUAUAUGGCGGUGUGUAUGCAGAGUGCCAGAGCUGGAACCUGGCCUCCCAACUCCGUGCUGGGGUUCGCUUCCUAGACAUCCGUGUGCGUCAUGUCAAUGGAAACCUCACCAUCCAUCACGGGGUGUCCUACCAGCGAGCGCACUUUGGACAUGUCCUGGAGGGAGUGACUGACUUCCUGCGCGAGUAUCCAACCGAGACACUACUAAUGCGCCUGAAGGAGGAGUUCAGUGAGACAGAUGACAUCUACGGUGCUGUGGUAGACUACAUCCAUCGCUACGCUCACUGGGACCUGCUGUGGCACAGCCGACUCGUGCCAACCAUGGGCGAGGCCCGAGGGAAGCUCAUCGUCCUGCAGAACUUCAGAGGGCCAGACUUGGGCAUGCGUUAUGAUUCAAUGGACAUAGCUGAUGACUGGAAGGUGCCCACACUCGCACAUGUGGAGGAGAAAUGGCAGAGUGUCUAUAGCCACCUGGAGGCUGCACCUUCAGGAAACAAAGCACAGAUUUUUCUCACCUUCAGCAGUGGAGCAGGUGUGUUUGCGCACCCCAGGGCUGUCGCACAGCGCAUCAACCCACAGCUAUAUGACUACCUAGGGGACAAGACGGACCUGAACCAGCGCUUUGGAAUCAUAUGCAUGGACUUCCCCGGUGCUCCUAUCAUUCAAAUGAUCAUUGACUUCCAAUUAAAAGGGGUCUUUAAGAGAAAGCAGGCCUUUAACCCAAAAUUUAGCAAGGCCCAACAUUUCCUCACUGACAAAGUAGUUAAUUAAACAUUUUGCUGCUAAUAUCUGAACCAGACUCAGCUUGACAAAAAUGAUUAUGAUGUAAAGUUUGCCUGGGAUUAAAUUUAUAAUUUGCAAAAGAUAUCAGGAAUAAAAUAAAUGCAGCACAAA